AUGACUGUAAGACCAGAAGUAGUAUUAUAGAUUUGGUAAUUUUUAGAUAUAACAAGUUAUUUAUAGCGACCAUUAUUAAGUUAUACAGAAAUUGAUAAGUAAGAAUGAAAUCAGGUUUUGUUUAAUAAAUUUAUAAGAAGAUAAUUAAAAAAUACUUAAAUACAUAAAUCUAAUAGAGUAAGAUAAUAAAAAUUAAGAUAAUAUUGGAAAAGUAUUUUUAAUAAGAAACAUUUAAUUGAAAUAAAAGUAAUUGCAUCACCUUCUUAAAUGUUAAUAUUUUAUUUUAUUGAUGAAUAUAAUUGAUAAAUUGAGCAAACAUAAUUAUUUUCAUGGGUAUAGUAGAGGUAAUUGGUGA